AUGAACCAAUAUGUCAAUAAGCCGUUCAAACCUCCUCGGAUGGUAGGUAGAUCGACCAGUUCAGAUACCCUUGUUGAGAAAAAUCCAAAACUUAAUAGGAACUCUAAACGCUCCUUAACAGCGCCUGCAAAUACUAAUACUAAUGUUAAAACCAAAAUUCAUAGUACCGAUUUGGCGAAAAGAUCUCAUACAUUACCAGUUCAAAAUUCAUCUAAUGGCACAUCAGUGGCUCCCUCAGCAAUAUUCACUGCUAAUUAUAGACGUGUGACUACUAAAAAAAAUAAAACAUGGGAUGGAGAUGGAUAUGCAAGUCUUCUAAGUGACGAUAAGAUCAAGUUUUUCAACGAGGCUGGUACUUCGUUAGGUUCUGUCCAAAUCAAAGGAAGAGACUUGUAUGAAACUGUUUUCAGGGUCGGUUCAAACGAAUUUCAAUUAGACUAUAAGAUUAGUGAUCCGGAGGAAUUAUCAUCUGUUCAGGAUAUUUGCCGAAUCAAAGGCAAUUCAUUGUCUAAAACUACAGAUUCAUUAUCGUUGAAAAGACAAAAAAUCGACACAUCGAUACCAGACAAUAAAUCACCUAUUCAAACUUUCAUUCCAAGGGUAACGACAAAGUUUAGACCAGCUAUUAAGAAUAACUAUAAUAGAACGGUGGUUUCGGCUCCAAUCGGUGACAAGAUUUUGAAAUCCAUGCCCGCUAAAUCUGCUCUACCACCCUUAAGUGAAAAACUGAUUGGCGAAAUAACAUACUGCCCAGUAUUUGAUCCAUUGUCAAUAGAUAAUCCACUAACUAUGAAUAAAUCUCAAGACAGUAAAGUUGACGUCGUAGUUGAUCCCGUUCUUAGUAAAUUUCUUAGACCACAUCAACGCGAAGGUGUCAAAUUUCUAUACGAUUGUGUGAUGGGCCUAGAACAUAAGAAAAGCGAUAAGAGUGAGAUUGUUAACAAAACUGAUGAUAUCAAAGGCUGUUUAUUAGCAGAUGAAAUGGGUCUAGGGAAAACAUUAAUGACAAUAACGUUAAUCUGGACUUUGCUGAAACAAACUCCUUAUCCAACAUUGAUCAACCAACGCGGAGUUCCACUUGUCGGCGAGAUAUCGAAAGUUUUAAUAGUUUGUCCGGUAACUUUAAUUAGCAAUUGGAAAAAAGAAUUCAAGAAGUGGCUUUCCAUGAAUAGGAUCGGUGUUUUAACUUUGCACAACAGGAACACUCCUGCUGAAGAUAAAGCCCAGGUAAGAAAUUUUUUGAAGGUACCAAAAACUUAUCAAGUUUUAAUUAUUGGAUAUGAGAAGUUACUUAGUGUGAAAGAUGAACUUCAAAGUCAUAAGGAAAAACCAGAUAUUGUUGUGUGUGAUGAAGGUCACCGUUUGAAGAACAAAGAUUCCAAGAUUUUGAAAGCAUUACAAUCCCUAGAUAUUGAGAAGAAAAUCAUUCUCAGUGGUACUCCGAUCCAAAACGAUCUCGAGGAAUUCUUCACCAUAAUUGAUUUCAUAAAUCCUGGUAUCCUAGGCUCUUUUAGUGGAUUUAAAAGAGAAUACAUAAACCCCAUUGUACGUUCAAGAGAUGUAAAUGCAAAACAUAACGAAAUGCUUCUGGAGCAAGGUCUCAUGAAAUCGAAAGAACUAAUUGAUAUUACAAAGCAGUUCAUAUUGAGACGUACAAAUGACCUCUUGAAUCAGUAUUUACCCCCAAGAACUGAUUUGAUUAUUUUUUGCAGGCCAACGAAUGAUCAGAUCACUGCAUUCGCUGAAAUUCUAAACAGAGGCCGUUUUAAUUUCAGCAAUAUGACUUUUAACUCUUCAUUAGGACUAAUUACUUUAUUCAAAAAGAUCUGCAAUUCAACAUCUUUAAUAGAAGGUGAUUCGUUUUAUAACGAAAAGCUAAAAACUCAAAAUAACACUGUUAAAUCAAGUUCUAGUUCAGGGAAGUUGAAAGUUCUUCUUGCCUUAUUGCAGGAGAUAAAGUCCAAAACAGAGGAAAAAGUUGUCGUAGUUUCAAAUUACACACAGACAUUGGACAUCAUAGAAAAUCACUGCUCGUCUUUGGGCUUCUCAAUUGCGAGAUUGGAUGGAACAACUGCGACGAAGAACCGUGGCGAUAUUGUGAAUUCCUUCAAUAACAAUCCUUCCACUUUUGUCUUUCUUUUAAGUGCAAAAUCGGGUGGUGUUGGCCUAAAUUUAAUUGGCGCAUCAAGGUUAGUCCUUUUUGAUAAUGACUGGAAUCCUUCUAUUGAUCUUCAAGCUAUGUCAAGAAUUCAUCGUGAUGGACAAAAGAAACCUUGCUAUAUUUAUAGGUUAGUCACGACUGGUUGUAUCGAUGAGAAGAUUCUUCAAAGGCAACUAAUGAAGAUUGCACUCUCUAAAAAGUUCUUAGAUGACAAUAAAAAACAAUCCAGCAACGACGAUGACUUAUUCCAACAGGAAGAACUAAAGGAUUUAUUCACAGUUAAUACUUCAACACUAUCCAAUACACAUGACUUGAUAUGUAAUUGCAACGGUGAAGCUGAGGAUUUCGAAGCAGAAGAAGAUGUGGAAGAAGAAGAAGAAGAAGAAGGAAGCAAAAAGGAAAAAUCUAUAGAAUUACAAGAGCAUAUUCCCACAAGAAGUAGUAAGCCUACGUGGACAAGCGCCUUAGAAAUGAAAAAAUAUAUUGAGGAAGAAGAGUCUGAAAAGCAAGGAUCAAAAUCCGAACUAGUGCGUAACUGCUUAUCGGGAUAUAAACACAUCGAUCCUCAAAGAACAGAAGACUUAAUUGAUGAAUCUAUAAGUAACGUAUUCAACGAAAUGCGCGAUUGCAUAACAUAUGCAUUCGUUAAAGAUACAUAG